AUGACCACUUUAGCGAGCUAUUGUGCAUUACAAGAUCAAGGUGAAAUAGCGACGGCCCAAUUCGAAGCGCUGCUAGACGAUAAGAUCCCGGGGUCUGGACGCACAAAAGCGCUCUCGUGGUCGACCUUGACACAGAGUAUAUCGCACGCGAAGUCGCAAUACGAACGAAAGGCGAAAAAAGGCCCCCAAAUCAAGAACCGCUUCCACGCGGUGUGCGAAGUUAUGCAAAACCACUCGAAUAUGCUCAAAAUUCUGCCACAAGGCGAUAUGUAUACUUCGCUCCUAUCUGGAUCGGUAGAAACCAUUGUGCAGGCAUCGGUAAAUCAUGAGCAAGUUGGAGAACACUUUGCAGUCGCCUGGAAGGAGAUUGAUAGGAUAGUUGCCGCCACAAGACGAGAGUUGACCGAGUUCCCAGCGCCAUUUCUGCUAGAACUUGGUAUCGAAUUGUGCUGCAAGAUAUUGGAGUUUGUGACGUUCUUCUUCUCGUGGUAUACGCAAAAGGGACACAAGAGAUUCCUCGCCUCCUUUAACGAAGGCUUGUCGAAAGACUACCAGCCCAUACUAGACGAGGUCAGACAAAUCUCAAGUUUCAUGCAAAGAGGCUUCCAGCUCUGUAUGGCAAAGAACGAACGAAGACAGGGCAUUAAUUUCGCGCGUUACUUCCAUGAAGUGGAACAGUUCCAGCAGAAAGACAGGUGGUCAAGAGAUGAAGAACAAUGGAAAAUGCAGCAUCGUGCACAGGAAGCAUACAACAAGAUCCUAAGCGAAGAAACUCGAAACCAUCUUGCGAACAUGUCGCAGCAGCUGGAAAAUAUGCUGAUUGAGCGUUGCGGAAAGGGCAUCAAACAGAUCUUGAGUCGUGAAGCAUACCAUUUUGUUGCUGAAGGAUACGACAAUGGUCCAACGCAUGCAACUACGUCUUCGUUGGUGAGCAUCGAGGAAGAGCACCAAGUAGAGAGCCAACCGCCACAAGAUUCCACUAGCGUUUCAACAAAGGCCGAAUUGAACAAGGCAUCUAGGGUUUUGGAUCCAUUCUUCGACUACAAGCACAUAGACGCCUCAACGCCCAACAUCGAGUGCUUCAUAGAACUCGAGGUCGUGCAGCGGCUCCAGUACUGGAAUUCGGAUAUUUCAUCCUCAAUCUUAGGCAUAUGUGGACCAGCUUCGAUCUCUCAGGAUGGCCCGGCGAGGUUGAUGGCUUCAAACUAUGUCAGAGCAGCCCAUGCCGCUGGUAUUCCUUGCAUAUCGUUCUUUUGUGAGAAGUCCGCCCAAGUCCCGCCUGAAAAUAGAGCUCGAGAAACGAUAGGAACAGUAGCCAUGAUGUACGCUCUGAUCAAGCAGCUUAUACUGUAUCUGCCUCCAGAGUGGUCAGAGGCUGCUGUUAUGGUCAAGGACGACUUUGAAGCGUUGGAUGGCACACUCGCGACAUGGACAGAGGCUCUUUCGGUCUUUCGAAAGCUUCUGGACUUGUCUAAGCCACCGGUUCUGCUGAUUGUCAUUUAUGGCUUGCAAGAGUUGGACCAUAAUGCGACCAAGGCCCGUCUCGGCCUGUUUCUGGACCUCUUAAGAGACGUAAUGUCAGAUCGAUCGCGGAUAGUCAAAGCCUUAUUAGUGACAGCUGGGAUAUCUGAAGUGGUCUACACAGGAUUGGGAGUUGACGAAAUUUGUGAUAUGAACAGAGGGAGCGCAGCUCACAGUCCUGGUCGAGCGCGAAAAGGAAGGGCAAGCAUGGGUGGGGUGAAGUUUUGA